AUGCAAAAUCAGACUGUGGUGACUGAAUUUACCCUGACUGCCUUUCCCCUUCUUUGGAAGCUUCAGAUUGCCCUUUUUGUGGUCCUCUUGUUUACUUACAUGCUGACUCUAGCAGGAAAUAUUGUCAUCAUUUCCCUAAUAUGGGCUGAUUGUCGCCUCCAAUCCCCAAUGUACUUUUUCCUCAGUAAUUUGUCAUUUUUGGACAUUUUAUACACUACUUCAGUUACUCCAAAGCUGUUAGCUUGUCUCCUGGAGGAGAUAAAGACCAUAUCCUUUGCUGGCUGCAUCACCCAAACAUAUUUCUUCUUUUUCUUGGGGACAGUGGAGUUUAUCCUCUUGGCAGUGAUGUCCUUUGACCGCUAUGUGGCCAUCUGUAACCCCCUGCGCUACACCAUCAUCAUGAACAGCAGAGUUUGCCUUCUGCUGGUCCUGGGCUGCUGGGUGGGAGCCUUCCUGUCCGUGUUGUGCCCAACUGUUGUGGUGUCCAGAUUGCCUUUUUGUUAUAAGGAAAUUAGUCACUUCUUCUGUGACAUUGCUCCUCUGCUACAGGCAGCCUGUAUAGACACUCAUUUCAUCCAGAUGAUAAACUUCCUCUUAUCUACUCUCAUCCUCCUGACCUCACUGGUGCUCACCAUUGUGUCCUACACCUACAUCAUUUCUACCAUCUUGCACAUCCCCUCAGCCCAAGGACGGCAGAAGGCCUUUUCCACCUGUGCUUCUCACAUCACUGUCGUUUCCAUUGCCUACGGGAGCAACAUCUUCAUGUAUGUGAGGCCCAGCCAGAGUCACUCACUGGAUUUUGACAAGGUGACAGCUGUCCUCACCACAAUGGUGACCCCUCUUCUGAAUCCCUUCAUUUACAGUUUAAGAAAUGAAAAGGUAAAGGAAGUCUUGAAAGAAGCAAUCAACAAAAUUAUGUCCUUAUUGCACAAGAGAACUUGA